AUGACUACUUUGAAAUUUACACCGAUUCAAUCUUUUAUAGACUCGUCAUUUUUUACAAAAUUAGCAGACUUAAAGCUAAAUAAAUACAAAUUAGAAUCAACUGAAAGUAAAAUCACUGGUUUUCAAUCGAAACCAUCUAAAUUAAAUAAAUAUAAUGACACAACGAUAGUAUAUUUAUAUGAUGAUAGUUUUGAUGCAGAAGACUUAGUGCCGAGAAAUGAUGAUAAGUGGCCAUUGAAUGGAGAGAUUUUAAACGUAAAUACAAUUGAAGAAUUCAAGGGUUUGAACAAACAAGAACUUUUGAGUAAAUGGGGAGCCGAAAUACAUGAAAAGAUUUCAAAAGCAGAAUCCUUCGAUUUAAAUGUUUUCAACCCCUUCUAUGUUUUGAGCUUUUCUGAUCUAAAGAAGUAUAAAUUUUAUUACUGGGUUGCUUUUCCCACGAUUAACAAUAGUUGGACAAUCAAAGAGGAGCUGCAGGAAAUUAGCAAAAACUUAAUUGAUGAACUUAGUGAAAAAUCAGAACAAGUCAUAGGGCAAUUUUAUCAGCUAGAUUCUAAUAUUUUAUUCAAUAAAUUGGACAAACUGAAAAAAUCAGUUUUUGUAUUCUUUGAUUCAUGUCUAAAUGCUGAUAACAAACCCUCAAUUCAAUUAAAAAAUUACUUAUACUAUCUUGCUUGGAACGAGAUUAACUCACUUGAAUUAAUUGUAUACAGAAAUAAUGGCACAUCAUUUACACAAAAAUUAAAACUAGAGUCACUAUCUAAUCCACCAAAGUAUACAGGAUGGGAAAGAACUACUGAAGGAAAAUUAGGACCAAAACUAGCAGACUUGGGUUUAUUAAUUGAUCCUCAGCAGUUAGCUAAACAAGCCGUGGAGUUGAAUCUAAAAUUGAUGAAAUGGAGGAUUGCACCAGAAUUGAAUUUAGAUAUACUAAAGCAACAAAAGGUUUUACUAUUGGGAGCAGGGACAUUAGGUAGUUAUGUUGCUAGAGUAUUAUUGGGUUGGGGAUUUAAUGACAUAACGUUUGUGGAUAAUGGAAGAAUCUCUUACUCAAAUCCCGUACGACAACCUUUAUUCAAUUUUGUUGAUUGUUCAAGUGAUAACGGAAGAGGAGAGUUGAAAGCUAUAAAAGCUUCAGAGAACUUGAAAAGCAUAUAUCCGGGGGUCAACUCUGAAGGUUUUAACUUAGAAGUUCCAAUGAUUGGUCAUCCUGUGACUGAUGAAGAAAGACAAAAAGAAAAUUUUGACAAACUAGAUCAACUCUUUGACAACCAUGACGUUGUUUUUUUACUUAUGGAUUCAAGAGAGUCAAGAUGGUUACCAACAGUGCUUGGAGCAGCUAAGAACAAAAUUGUAAUGAAUGCGGCCUUAGGGUUUGAUAGCUAUUUGGUAAUGAGACAUGGAAGUGUAGAACAAUCAUCAACUGAAAGAUUGGGCUGUUACUACUGUAAUGAUGUUGUUGCUCCAGAAGAUAGUUUGACCGAUAGAACUUUAGAUCAGAUGUGUACGGUCACAAGGCCAGGUGGAGCAUUAAUGGCAGCAUCAUUAGCAGUUGAAUUGUUGGUAUCAUUGUUACAACAUCCAAAAAAGCAAUUGAUAAAGCAUAAUGAACGAACAAAAUUUAGUAAUGCUCCGCAUCAAAUCCGUGGGUUUUUAAAUAAUUUCAGUCAGACUAGUUUAUACACGCCGAAUUACAAACACUGUUCCGCGUGUUCUGAGAUUGUUUUAUCAAAAUACAAGGAUGAAGGUUGGGAAUUUGUUAAAAAAUGCUUGAAUGAUACUAAAUACUUAGAAGAUAUUUGUGGUUUGACGCAAGUUCAAGAAGAAGCUGAGAAAGCAUUACAGGAAAUGACAAUUGACGAUUUUGAUGAAGACAUAGACGAAGACAAUGAAAUUUUAUGA